CGGACGUUCAGAAAAUUGACAUCACGGCUGCAAGAAUGUAUAAAUAACCAGCACGCUGCAUUUCUGGUCAACUGCAGCAACAUCUCUGAAGGGAGCAUUCUACAGGCUCAGCUCCUCUAAAGACACGGCGGAAACUGGAUUUUGUGAAGUACACUGAGGAGCUCCUUUUUAUAGAGCCGUUCUAAGAACGUCUGAGAGAUUUCUCCUCUGCCUUCAACUGCGUUUACCAUUUAUUUAAAAAAGCAAUGUGCACAGGAAGUUGUGCUAAGUGCCUGGGAACCACUCUUAUCCCCCUGGCUGUGCUAUGUACCCUCGCUAACAUUUUAUUGUUUUUCCCUGGAGGAAAAGUGAUUGACAACAAUCUGCACAUUACAGAUGAGGUCUGGUACUUUGGAGGGAUCUUGGGAUCUGGUAUAUUGAUGAUCUUUCCUGCCUUGGUAUUUUUGGGCCUUAAGAAUAAUGAUUGCUGUGGAUGCUGUGGUAAUGAGGGCUGUGGAAAGAGGUUUGCGAUGUUUUCUUCUAUAAUAUUUGCUGCAGUUGGAGUUGCGGGAGCUGGAUACUGCUUUAUUUUGUCAGCAGUAGCCAUAAACAGAGGCCCUAAAUGCAACACAGGAACAGACUGGACCUAUCCUUUCAAGGAGGGGGAUUACCUUUCUAACCACACGCUGUGGGACUUAUGUCAGUCACCUGAAAACAUUGUCCCAUGGAACUUGACCCUCUUCUCCUUGCUGCUCAUCAUGAGUGGGAUCCAGGCAGUGCUCUGUGGCAUUCAAGCGGUGAACGGCCUAUUUGGAACAAUCUGUGGGGACUGCAAAUGUUGCGGAUGUUGUGGGGGAAAUGGAACUGUCUAGAGAAUAUGAAUAUUGCACACAACCUUCUUUAUCUUGGGAGGCUCCUUUUUGCAACCGUUGCGUAAAGCAGCCUUCAGAUGCAUCAUCUCCAGCUAAGAAGAUGAGAAUGAAGGGCACUUCCCCUUAUGAAGCCCUGACUCCCUUUCUAGCCUUCCUGAAAGCUCUCAUCAUGGAAUAAAAUAAGUGAAAUUAAACUCUAACAUUCA